AGGAGGACUGAAACAAGGAAAAAAUAAUAGGAAGCAGGGAAGGAAAUAGGAUCGAAUCAGGGAAGGAGGGAGAGUAGGAGGAAGAGGGAGUCUGAGUCCUUGCUGGUCAUCAGGCUAACAUCACCUGAACUGUCUUGCUUCUGCUCUGAGGCUUCCUGGUUGAACUGAACAAGAUGUGAGCAGAUGUUACACGAGCCAGCGUUGCUGCUUUCCAGCUUCUAACCAGUCUUAAGGUCAUUAGGGAGUCAUGACAUCACAGGAGGAGGAAUCUUCAUUCAGGAGGUUUUUCCAAUACGUGGAGGACAGUGGACUUCGAAUAUACGAUGGUCUGGUGAUCCAAAACGCCUCCGACAUUGCUAGAGAGAGCGACCGCAUUCGCAACCAGACCAAUUGGACCUACCUGCAUGAAAAACACCAGAAAAAAAGACGGCAGGAAGAAAGCAUCAAGAGGAUUGGUGAGGAUGUUGCCGCGGCCUCGGAUGGGGCGUACUCUGGGAAACACUUCAGGAUGGGUUUCAUGACGAUGCCAGCUCCACAGGACCGAUUGCCCCCAGCCAACCAGGGCUUCACCGUCAGAUCGCAGUCCCUCCACUCAGUGGGCGGAGGAGAAGAUGACUCCAGCAGCAGCCGCAAACAACCCCCACCCAAACCUAAGAGAGAUCCCAACACCAAAUUGAGCAGCAGCUCCGAAACUGUGGAUGGGGGUGGAGUUACAAGAAGAGACCACCAAGACACCAAAGAGAAGCUAGAACAGGCUGAAGCUCAAUGUUUCCUGCACUCUGAAGAUGCCUCCAAGAAGAUGCCUCCACCUAAACCCAAAAGGAAUCCCAACACUCAGCUCAGCACCUCCUUUGAUGAGUGCUACAUCCGUAACCAUGGCAACAAGAAGUCUUCCUUGCAGUGGGACAAAUCUUCAUCCCAAAGUCAGAGUCCAGCAUCCAGGGACACAGACGAAGAGGAGCCAGUUUACAUUGAGAUGGUGGGAAACAUCCUGCGAGGGCUGAAAGGUCAGGAAGCAGAGGAGGACGACCAGAAUGAAUCGGUGUACGAGGAGAUGAAGUACCCAAUGCUGGAAGACUUUCUGCAGGACACAAAUGCUGCCAUCAUUGACCCUGAAGCUUGGUCAUCCCGCGGCUCACUCUGUGACAUUCCUCCACCUUUCCCAAAUCUCCUGACUCACCGCCCACCACUGCUCAUCUUCCCACCUGCCCCUGCUCAGUGCUCCCCAAACUCAGAUGAGUCCCCCCUCACCCCUUUGGACGUCACACGCCUCCCCAUGUUAGAAAACGUCUCCUACAGCAAGUCGGGCAGUGUUGAACAGCCGCAGAGCUCCACUCACUACCGCAAAGAACGAGACCGGGACAUGCCCUCCACUCAUACCAUCACAUCUUCUGGUCGCUCCUCAGCUCCACCUCUCCCCUCCAGCCUUUACAAGUCAUCCAGCACCACACACGGUGGUCACGGUUACCCCCGCAGCCAAUCAGCAUGCCCAUCUCCUGUCAGCAUGGGACGCUCGCUAACACCUCUGAGCCUGAAGAGGCCGCCACCGUAUGACACCCUGAUGGCAGGAGGAAGUAUGCCUCGCUCUUCAUCUUCAUCUUCAUCAUCUUCACACAGGGCAGGUGAAGGAGGGGCUAAACUCAGUAACUCCUCCUCCACACAUGGGUCCAUGCAGAACAUGUCCGUGAGGUCACAGACUCCAACAAGUCCACUAGACGAACUCAACAACCUGUUUGCAUCAGGUAGACAGGUGAUGAAGAGGGGAUCAGGAGGGAGGAAGAGCAGGGAGGGUGAAGGAGAUGGCAAGUCCAGACAUGACAGUAACGACAGAGAUGGACAGUCGAGUCCGGUUUCCAGCAGGAUGGGGAGGUCAUCUGUCAGUCCCACCAUGAUGCUGACAGGAGGAGGAGGUGAGUCAGAAAGCAACAUCACUGACUUCAUGUUUAAGGAGUUUAACUAUGAAGAGAAGAGAAAGAUGCCAUGGCUAUGUGGCGACGCCACCAUGAUGGAGAUGAUUGAGAAAAAGAGAGUUUUAUGUCGAGAGAUCAAAGCUCGUCAGCGGCCAGAUAAGAAUCUGUGCAAACAGGACAGUAUGCCCAUCUUGCCCAGCUGGAAGAGGAAGCAGCCACCGCCAUACUCGGCCUCGCCCACUGCCGCUGGCCAUGCUGCCACCGUGUUCUGGGACACCGCCAUCUGA